AUGUUAGCUGUAGCUCUUAUAGUCGUGGCCGUUGUCGCCGUGUACCUGUACGGUACGAGAACAUUUAGAUAUUGGGAGAAGAGAGGAAUUAAACAUGACAAGCCCAUUCCGUUCUUCGGCAACAACUGGCCGAUGUACUCCAGAAUGAAGAGCAUGUCAGAAAUCGCUACUGAACUGUACUGGAGGUAUCCAAAAGAAAGGGUCGUGGGCUUCUAUCGAGCAACACAACCGGAACUAGUGAUCAGAGAUGCAGAACUCGUGAAGCAAGUUCUCGUGACAGACUUUAACUAUUUUAGUACACGGGGCUUAAAUACUCAUAAAACUGUUUUGGAGCCAUUGUCAAAGAAUCUGUUCUUUGCCGACGGCGACAUUUGGAAGUUAUUGAGACAACGCAUGACGCCUGCAUUUACAAGCGGAAAGCUAAAGGCGAUGUUUCCACUCAUCAUAGAACGGGCUGAACGCUUGCAGAAAAAUGCAAUAAAUGUACCGCCAACUGGAGGUGUCCUGGAUUCCCGAGAAAUAAUGGCACGCUACACUACUGACUUCAUCGGAGCGGUCGGCUUCGGUCUGGAUUCAGAUUCAUUGAGUGAAGAAGAUUCAGCUUUUAGAAGACUCGGCGUCGAAAUUUUCAAAUUUGACGUUAGUCAAUUAAUAACACAAAUGCUCAAGGAAAUGUUUCCUGAAACAUUCAAGCAUUUAAGAAUUAUGAAAAAAAUUGAAAAUGACGUAUUUGCUCUAGUCCGAGGUAUAUUGCAAAAGAGAAAUAACAAACCAAGUGGAAGAAAUGAUUUCAUCGACCUACUGCUAGAAUGUAAGAAAAAAGGCAACAUGGUCGGAGAAUCUAUGGAAAUAACAAAACCUGAUGGUACACCUGAACAUGUAUCGAUAGAACUAUCUGAAGCUCUAAUGGUUGCUCAAGUGUUUGUGUUCUUUGCUGCUGGCUUCGAGACCUCCGCUUCUUCUACAAGUUAUACUCUACAUGAACUGGCUUAUCAUCCAGAAGAGCAAAUGAAGGUGCAAGAAGAAAUAGAUAGAGUUUUAGCGAAAUACGACAAUAAAUUAUGCUAUGAUGCAAUCAAUGAAAUGAAUUAUUUACGAUGCGCUUUUAAAGAAGGUAUCCGAAUGUUUCCUUCGUUGGGUCACUUGGUGAGGAAGUGUACUCGGAAGUAUACAUUCCCGGACACGGACUUAACAAUAGACGAGGGAGUAUCGAUAGUCAUUCCAGUACAAGCUAUGCACAAAGAUCCUCAAUUCUUCGAGGACCCCGAUAAGUACCGGCCUGAACGCUUUCUGACUGACUUCAUCAAUCCAAUGACGAAGCACAUAUAUUUGCCUUUUGGUGAAGGUCCUCGAGCAUGCAUUGGCGAGAGACUCGGUCUGAUGCAGUCCCUGGCCGGUUUGGCGGCGGUGCUGUCCCGGUACACAGUGGAACCCGCCCCGCAAACGCAGCGCCAUCCCACAGUGGAUCCCACAUCGAAUAUAGUGCAGUCUGUCAUCGGUGGCAUACCUUUGAUGUUCCGUCCGAGGACUGUGUAACAACCGAUUACUUACAAGAACCCUAUUCUACUGCGAUAUUGAAAAUUCUGAAGAUACUAGUGCAAAAUUUAUAUACGAUAAAUAAAAACUACGG